AUGAGCUCCACAAGCUGGGGCCCAGGACCCCCCAGAAGCAGGGACUCCCUGCUCCCUUUCUACACUGCUCAGCAGUCACUGGGAUCAUGCAGCUCUGGGUCAAACAUCACCAGCAGCCAGCAGCUGGUGCUGAGAACAGGAGCAGUGGUGAUCGACCCAGGCACCAGGAGCUGCAGAGCAGGGUUCUGUGGAGAGGAGACACCCAGGGUGGAAAUCAACACAGGGGUGGGGUGCCCCAUGGCCUGGCCCCCAGGGGCAGGAGAAAACAGAUCUGAAGCUUUCAGGGGAGAGGAAGCCUUGCCCUGCCCCGAGGCUGAGGUGCAGCUGAUGCAGAAGGGCAUCGUCACCAACUGGGAAGCAGCUGGAUGCCUGUGGCAGCAUCUGUUUGACCACGAGCUUCAGGUGCCCCCUGAGGAGUAUGCCCUGCUCCUCACUGAGCCCCCACUCAGCCCCAGCAGGCACAGAGAGAAGGUGGUGGAGCUGGUGUUUGAGUCCCUGGGCUGCCCUGGCUUCUUCGUCAGCCCGCAGCCUGUCCUCGCCGCCUACGCCCACGGCACAACCAGCGGCCUGGUGGUGGACGUGGGGCACGCUGUCAGCUCUGCUGUGCCGGUCCAUGAGGGCUACAGCCUGGCACAUGCCACCAAGAAGAGUGAGCUGGCAGGGUCACAUCUCUCCUGGCACCUGCUGAAGCUCUUGGAGGACAGAGGGUACGAGCUCAGCAGCGAGGUGGCCAACGUGGUGGAAGACAUCAAGCACAAGUGCUGCUACGUUGCUUCCAGCUUGGAGGCUGAGUGCCAGCUCCCACCAGGCAGCUACACCCUGGAUUAUGCCCUGCCUGAUGGCCAGACCAUCAGCCUCAGCAAGGAGAGGUUUCAGUGCCCAGAAAUACUCUUCAACCCUCCUGCCAACUGGGGCAUCCCCUACGGGGGCAUCCAUGAGAUGGCCCAGAGAAGCCUCAGCCAGCUUCCAGAAGAAAUGAAGUCAGCCAUGUACAAAAACAUCCUCCUCUGUGGGGGGUCCUCCCUCUUUGAGGGGCUAGAGAGGAGGUUUCACAGCGAGCUCCUCCAAAUCCUGGCCCCCAGCAGCAAGGUCAAAGUGGCUGCCCCAGCCCUGCGCAGGUACUCGGCGUGGACAGGGGGAUCCAUCCUCAGCUCCCUCCUGAACUUCCAAAGGUGGUGGAUCCGCAGGGAGGAGUACACGGAGGAGGGGCCACGCAUCGUCCACAGCAGGUGCUACUGA